CAUGGUUGGGACUUGUAAAGCGCAUACUACCAAAGAACAUGCAUGGUUUAGGCCUAGGCCUAUGCGCUUAAGAUGAUACUUUGAUGAUUAACAUUAAUUGACACACAAAACAAAACGCACGAGUGGCUGUGUGGUGUAGGAGUUGAAACUUAGUUUCAGUUGUUUUUAACGAGCUAUGGCUUCCAUUUUGCCGUGGUGGAAUAAUAUAGUUACGGAAUAUGCAGAUCCUAGAGUUAGUGACUGGUUGCUGAUGAGCAGUCCGUUGCCAGGUACAGUCAUGGUUGUUGCUUAUCUGUUUGCUGUGUGGAUUGGACCAAGACUAAUGGCCAACAAGCAGCCUUAUAGUUUAAAGAACAUUCUCCUGGUGUACAACAUGGCUAUGGUUGUUUUGUCCGGAUAUCUUUUACACGAGUUCCUAAUGUCUGGCUGGUUGACUGGAUACACACUUGGUUGCCAGGUUGUAGAUUACUCCAAUAGUCCUAAAGCAUUAAGGAUAUUCUUUAUUCUGAGAAAGAAGAACAACCAGGUAUCCUUUCUGCAUGUCUUCCAUCAUGCCAUCAUGCCCUUCAGCUGGUGGUUUGGUGUCAAAUUUGUUGCAGGUGGAUUUGGUACCUUCCAUGCAACAAUGAAUUCUUUUAUACAUUUUAUGAUGUAUAUAUACUACGGCUUUGCAGCCUUAGGACCAGCCUUUCAACGGUUUUUAUGGUGGAAACGGUACAUGACCACAAUGCAACUGAUUCAGUUUGUUUUAUCUAUGGUACACAGUUCACAGCUGUUCUUCACGGACUGCGGGUACCCACAGGUUUUUGCGUGGAUCAUUGGACUCUACGGAUUUAUUUUCUUCAUCCUUUUCAUGGAUUUCUACGUCAAAGCUUAUGCUAAGACCAGCAACAAGAAACAUCAAAGCUCGAAUGGAAAUGCUAAUGUUAAACAUAAGGAACAUUAGGAAGUGAAGAAUGCAUACGUACACAUUUAGGGGUUUAAGCCCUUUCCAGACGAUCAAAUUUUAUUGGACAAAAAUCUGUUGUGUGUCCACAUACAGUAAAACAUUUUAUGAACAUCGAUUUUAAGAAUGGCUUUUGCCCUUAAUGAUGUCAUCAUUGACCAAUUAUUACCGUAAAAAAAGUCUGAUUGGACACGUUUUACAAAGUGAUAAAAUCAAGUUUGUUGUAUUUAUUUAUUAAUAGUUAAUAGAUCUUUUCUUCCAUUUGUGGUAUAAUAAUCACUAUAUUAAUGUGAUAAACCUAACCAGAACAACGAACUACAGUACCAACGCAGGUGUCUUUGGAUUGAGCGCAUAUGUUUACGAUGACGAACUAGAGUGUUGGGGUCAGCAACUUAUUGACAUUGUGAAUGCUAGAUAUGGUCGCAAAAUGCAUGUAAACAAAACAAUUCGGUGAUCUAACAACUAGAAAGAACACAAUAGAAAGCUCCAUAAAGCAUACACAUGUUUGAAUAAGAGUUAAAAUAAUAUUUUGUUAAAGUCAGACUCCGGAAGAAAAAAAAUUUUUGAUAUGUUGUAGAUCUGAUUUUUCUAAGACAGGAAGAACUGGGGAACGGUAAAUCAGAUACAGAUUUUUGAAUAUUUAAAAACUGGGGGAAAAAGGUGUAAAAUUGGUCGGUUAGUUCUACAACAUAUCAAAAAUUUGUUUCCUCCGGAACCUGACUUUAAGUUGAAGAAUGCCAACGAUUAAAAUAAUUUGGUUUUUAUCGAAGGUAAAUUCAGCUAGGUUCUAACGCAGUAGACCACGCUGCUGCACUGUCGGUUCGUGCUAGGCCUGGCCGCUGUCAGCCUGUCGGCACUCAAAGGCAAGGGAUAGCUAGGCCUAGGUAUUGGAAACUGACAUCUAGUCAGUCUAGUUAACAAAUUUUUCAAUUUACGAAAACCCCAAGGUACCAAGGGGUACGUAAAAUGGACGUUUUACUGUAUAGACAUGAUGUGCCUAUAUAUGGUCUUGAUGUAAUGUCAUCAUGACCAUAUUCAGA